GGGGGGGGACCUGUCUACCGAAUGCUCUUAAUUGGCUUUUCGAUAUGCCAUGCAAGGUUGCAUGUGUUGCCUGAAGUUAUGGAACGUAGACAUAGAAGUUGUCAACAUGGUAAACGGGGAUGGGCCAAGUUUAAUUGGCUCAGCGAUGACAGUGACAGAGCCAGUUUGAGUUUCACGAGUCUGUCAUUCAAAUGAGAGUGAGAGUAGCCAUGUAGUAGAGCUCCAUGGAAUUGAUCUGUGCCUGGAUUGCAUAUUUCUCUCUUUUUUUUUAAUAAUGGUCUGACAACAUCACUUGUCUGACAUUUACUUGAUGUCAACGAAGAAUUUAACUGAUGCCUUGAUCGUUUGAUGCGGUCAAAAGGUUGCUGAGAAGAACCAAGAUAUAUAUUUUUCUUCUUCGAUCAAUUGGUUAUCGCUAUUUUCCAAAUGGAGAUAGAAAAUAUGGUGGCAAACAAUGCUCUGUUGAAGGCUAGAGAAGGUAGCACUGGUAAACGGAAAGGAAGAAGCCGAAAGUGGAAAGAGCUUCUGCGCUUCCCCCACAUCAGCGAGUGCAUUGAGCUGGCCAGCAGCACUGAGCGGGACUACUUCAGUCUGUGCGAUCAGCAGCCCAUUGGGAAGGCACUCUUCCGCAUCCACUGCCAGAGCAAGCCUGAGCUGCAGAGAUGCAUGUGUCUGCUUGAUGCAAUGGACAAAUAUGACGAGACACCUGAUGCUGAGCGUGUGAGCCGAGGCAAGAGCAUCGUGGAGAAAUACUUGAAUUAUCAGUCUCCUGACUGUGUACAGCAGGUUGUGGACAGCCACAGGCGGCAAUGCAGAGAGAACCUAGAGAGUAGUCCCUACAAAGACGUAUUCAGUGACUGCAGAAGGGCCAUUCAUGAUUACUUAAAGAGAGAACCCUUUGAAGAUUACUUGGAAAGCAUUUAUUUUGAACGCUUCCUUCAGUGGAAGAUGAUUGAGAGAAAGCCAGUCACAAAAGACAUGUUCAGAGAGUAUCGGGUUUUGGGGAAAGGAGGAUUUGGAGAGGUCUGUGCUGUUCAGUCUCGAGCGUCAGGAAACAUGUACGCAAUGAAGAAGCUGGAGAAGAAGAGAAUGAAAAGGCGACACGGAGAAUCCUUGGCCCUCACCGAGAAACAGAUAUUGGAAAAGGUCAACAGCAGAUUUGUGGUCAGUUUAGCCUAUGCUUACGAGACCAAAGACGCUCUCUGCCUGGUGCUAACGCUCAUGAACGGAGGAGACCUGAGGUUCCACAUCUAUAACAUGGGUCUGCCGGGGCUCUCCAGUGAACGGGUGACGUUCUACGCUGCUCAGGUCUGCUGUGGUCUGGAGCAUCUCCAUCAGAAAUCCAUAGUUUACAGGGAUUUAAAGCCUGAAAAUAUUCUUUUGGAUGACUAUGGACACAUCCGGAUAUCAGAUCUGGGUCUCGCCAUCACCUUGCCUGAGAAUGGUCAAGUUCAUGGCAGAGUGGGUACUGAAGGAUACAUGGCACCUGAGGUGAUAAAGAACAAAGAUUAUGGCUUUAGCGCUGACUGGUGGGGUUUCGGGUGCCUCAUCUAUGAGAUGACCCAGGGAUCCUCUCCUUUCCGUGGCCACAAGGAACAUUUGGACAGGAAGGAACUGCACAACAGAGUUCUGGAGACACAGGAGCGCUAUGGGUUCAGAUUUAAUGCUGAGGCCAAAGACAUCUGCUCAAAACUCUUGACCAAAAAUCCGUCCAUGCGUCUGGGCUGUCAGUCAGAGGGCGCUGUAGAGGUGAAAGGUCAACCCUUUUUUGCUCACCUCAACUUCAGGCUGCUAGAGGCUGGAAUGCUGAAGCCGCCAUUCGAACCUGAUUCGAGAGCUGUGUACUGCCGGGAUGUUCUUGAUAUAGAGCAGUUCUCAGUGGUCCGAGGAGUCAGCCUGGAUGUGACGGACGAGGACUUUUAUGGCCAAUUCAACACUGGGUCAUGUCCUAUCCCAUGGCAAAAUGAGAUGAUCGAGUCGGAAUGUUUUCAAGACUUGAACGUUUUCGGCCAGAAUGGGGAGAGACCUCCAGACCUGGAUUGGGACCACACACCCGAGCCAAAACAGAAACCCGUACAGAGACACAGACUACUGCGGAGGUUUUUCAGACGACACAAUUCCUAUAAAUCCAUAGGUGAGAAAGAGAAAGCCAAUUCACUAAACAGCCAGAGUUCAGAGGACAUGAUAAAGACGGCUCUUUAGAGGAGCGCACACACCCUCCACUGUCCAAAGGAAUGUUCCACACCACAAGACGAAAUGUCCUUUUUUUUAUGUUUUGUAAAAAAAAAAAAAAACUUGUUUUUUCUAUCCCUCCAUCUUGUAUAAAACUGGAUUUGAAUAUUCAGGAAUGACAAGCCAUUCAAUGGUUUUAAGACAACUUUAUUAAAAACCAUUUAUUUCUGUAUAAAACAAAAA